AUGACAUUGUCAUCAGAGGCAACGAAAGUGGAUGUUAAAGAGACUGAAAUGAGUGAAGAAAUGGUUGAAGAAAGCAUUGCUAUUGCAAAGGAGGGCUUAAAACGGUGUAAUUCGGACAAGGAUGUAGCAUCGUUUGUGAAAGAUGAAUUUGAGAAAAAAUACGGUUCGACAUGGCAUUGCGUCGUUGGUAGCAGCUUUGGUUCCCGUGUAUCCUAUGAAGUCGGCAAUUUUGUUUUGCUGCAGAUUGGCCGAAUAUUUGUUAUGAUCUUUAAAUGCGGGUAUUAA